UGACGCCAUCACGCACAGCAGUUUGUGUUACCUCAGAGACGAGCCUGUUAAUGGAGUCAAGCGGUCAAUGCGAUACUAUUAGUGACUAAACGAGGCCGUAGCAGAUGUAAAAGGGGAUUUUUCUUACCUUAAAUAGUGUAUGGUCGCAGGUAGAUGCUGUAUAGACUGUCACGACCGCGAGGGGAUAGUUUUAUAGCUUAAUUAUUGGCUCGUUUUGCAGCUGAGUCUCCGUGUCAACACAAAGGCCCUGUGGUAGCUAGCUAGUUAGCUUCAGGUAGCCUUCCUUCCACAGCUGCAGCACAGCAACAGGCCGUUUUAAUGUUUUAUUUGUAACGCAGUUAAUCUCCUCUGCCAAACAAGACAGUCUUUUUUGCUUUUCUACGAUCAUGGCGGACCAGGGCGCAGUGGUUAUGCAGCAGAAUCUGGACAGGAGCUGCUGGGUGUGCUUCGCCACAGACGAGGACGACCGCACAGCAGAGUGGGUGCGCCCGUGUCGCUGCCGCGGCUCUACCAAGUGGGUUCACCAGGCCUGCCUGCAGCGCUGGGUGGACGAGAAGCAACGGGGCAACAGCACGGCACGCGUGGCCUGCCCACAAUGCAACGCAGAAUACCUCAUCGUCUUUCCCAAACUGGGUCCCGUGGUCUACGUGCUGGACCUGGCCGACCGGCUCAUCUCUAAGGCCGGCCCCUUCGCUGCUGCGGGCAUCAUGGUGGGCUCCAUCUACUGGACCGCAGUCACCUAUGGAGCUGUCACUGUCAUGCAGGUGGUGGGCCAUAAGGAGGGCCUGGACGUUAUGGAGCGAGCCGACCCCCUGUUCCUGCUCAUUGGCCUGCCCACCAUCCCCGUCAUGCUGAUCCUCGGCAAGAUGAUCCGCUGGGAGGACUACGUCCUGCGUCUGUGGAGGAAGUACUGUAACAAGCUGCAGAUCCUCAACAGUAUCUUCCCAGGGCUUGGCUGCCCAGUUCCUCGCAUACCGGCAGAGGCCAGCCCCCUGGCGGACCAUGUGUCGGCAACGCGGAUCCUGUGUGGAGCUCUGGUCUUCCCCACCAUCGCCACCAUCGUGGGGAAGCUCAUGUUCAGCAGCGUCAACUCCAACCUGCAGAGGACCAUCCUGGGAGGUAUCGCCUUUGUUGCCAUCAAGGGGGCGUUUAAGGUCUACUUCAAACAGCAGCAGUACCUGAGGCAAGCCCACCGCAAGAUCCUCAAUUUCCCCGAGCAGGAGGAAGCCUGAGGAGAAUCCUGCAGUCCUGACGGAGGACAGCCGGACAAAACCACACACCUCUGCCGGAGGGGUGAGGAUAUGAACUGUCAGACUCAGAGCAGGAAGUGCCGGUGAAACAGACUUAUGAUCAGUGUCACCCUUACCACCCACUCCUCCCUACACCUCACCCUUUCUGGUCGCUGACAUCCAUGCAAGGAUCCCCACCACCACCACCACACAUUGUUUUUAAACUUUUGACGCUUUCGUAAGGUGAAGACGGAUAAGACUACGCACACAGACUGGAGCAUGUUUUUGCAGUCGGUGUACAGUUACACACACAUUAACACACAGAACAAGGACUCGUGCUGUGUGACCGUCGGGUGGACGUGCUUCAACAACCACAUAAACUAACAAUUAUUGUAAACUUAACCGUAUUUUAAAGAUAAAAAAAAUGCGGGGGGGAUGUGUAAUUAGAGUUUUAUAAUAAUAAUAAUAAUAAUAAUAAAUGAUUGUUUUAUAAUGUUUAUUUUGCAGAUUUGAAAAGGCCCCCUUUGCCAAUGUUAGGGGUUUAUAUUGAAUGAGGAAUGAUGUUCAGUGUGUAGAAAGUAUUAAUGAUGAAACAAUAAAAUGUGUUGAGAAUUAUGAGGCAGUACAUUAACCACAACCAGGAAGCAUUUAAGAUUCAACUUGUCUCACCUGUUGAGGUUUAAUCUUAAUGCCACUGUAAAGAGAACUACCGAAAACCUUUGGCCACACAUAGGAACCUUUAGACCCUGCAUUAUUUGAGGGGUGUUUAAUUAUUUUUGUCCACAUGCCUUGGCAGUGUUUACGUUGAUUGUCUGUAGCUUUAUCUCCAUUUUACAAAACGCCUGUAUGUGAUGUGUUUCAAAGCCUCAUCGUCCAUCACAGCGCCCCAGGUUUGGUUUAGCCUGUUGCCAUGGUGAGACCGUCUCCACCAGAUGGGUGGAUGGAUUAAUAGAGGAGCGUUUUGCAGUGACAGGAUGUCGGACUAGAAGCUUCAGGUGACUCUCACGUGACAUUUGACGCAGAACUUCUCACUGGGAGAUGUAAAGCUUUACUGACUAACAUUUCAGUGUGGACUUUUAUUUAAGCUACAAUUCCACUUCUUCUUUUUCCCUCAACAUGUGACGAUCGAACUGUUGUGUUGCCUGAACCGUAGCUCAGGUCAGACUGCGGUUCUGAGGUAAUUACCAUGCAGACGUAAGUGAAACUUGGACACCGGUAGUUGAAAACGAGUCACCGGGUGGUUGAUUUCCCCAAGAGUCUUGCCAAAAUGUCAAAGGGUCAGUUCAACAAAAUGACAAAAGCUAGAGGUAUCUAGCUACGAAGAUAGUUGGGGAUAAAUAUACCAGGUUUUUUUUAGUUUUUAUUCCUGCCUACAACUGAAUUGCCUUUACAAAAAAAAAAAUGUUUCAAGUGUAGUGUAAUUUGCGACCGUUUCUUUAGUAGAAAAUAAAACGUUUAAAGAAAGUCUUUGGGACAUUGUUUCUCAAAAGACCCAGAAUUAUGUUCUUACAAAAUAAGUGUAUUGAAGUGGUGAUGGAAAUCUCAAAACCUGGAUAAACAAAUUACUGUAUCUGCAUGAGGUAUGUGUGAAAAUAAGUCUUUAAAAUUUCAGUUAACACGACCGUAAAUGUUUUAAAUCAUUGGGCACACGAAGCGAUUAACAAUGUCACUUAAUUUGUCCAAUAGCGGAGAACUAAGCCCUUAAGUUACUUUUUUUUUUCCUCACAAAAGGAGGCAGGAAACAUCGGUACGUGACUUCCUGCGACUGUGAAAAGGUGUGACGUAUAAGCCGACCACUUGGAAUAUUUAACCUGCACAUAUAAACUGUGCCUGCUUUAUAGAUGUGUACUACUAGAACCAGCGAACCACAGCUUCCCCAGUAGAUUCACUGUCAAGUCUCCACUCUGCCAAAAGAGACGUUGAAGUCUGUGUUGUACAGAUGUUGCGUCUGAGUUUUAGAGUUCUAUGGUAUCCGUUCUGUGAAUAAAUGUAUUUUUCCAAUG